AUGUCAGCCUCCAAAGUCAAUGUCGGUUGGAUCGGUCUCGGCGCCAUGGGCUCCGGGAUGGCCGCGAGUCUCGUCGAGCAAGGCUUCCCGGUCCGCGCCUUUGACGUGUGGAAGCCUUCGCUCGAAGCUGUCGUCAAGGUCGGCGCGACUGCGUGCGCUACACCUGCCGAAGCAGCGAAGGACGUCCAGGUCUUGGGCCUGAUGGUCGUCAAUGCGGUUCAGGUGGAGGAUGUUCUGUUCGGUACUGGCGAGGUCGCUUCCGUCCUCAAGCCCGGCUCGUCCAUCAUCUGCUUCUCCACCGUCCCACCCUCUUUCCUUGUCACCGUCCAGAAGCGGCUCGAAGCGCUCGGUAUAGGACUGUGCGACUCGCCCGUCUCGGGCGGGUCGACCCGCGCGGCCGCUGGUACUCUUACCGUCAUGACUUCCGGCACGUCCGCGUCUAUCGAAGGAGCUCUGACUGUCCUCGAGGCCCUGACUCGCAAGCCCGAAGGCAACCUCAGCGUCGUCGGGACCUCGUGCGGCGACGCGUCCAACUUCAAGCUCAUCAACCAAGUGUUCUGCGCUGCACACAUUGCGGCGACGAGCGAGGGGAUGGCAUUCGGUGCCAAGAUGGGGCUGAACCCAAGGAUGCUAUACAACAUCAUCAGGACCGCUGCUGGUGAUAGCUUCAUGUUCGGUCACCGAGUUCCCUGGCAGCUCCGGCACGAUGGUGUCCCCAAGUCUGCCAUGUCCAUCAUCGCCAAGGACUCCGGUAUCGUCAAUGACGAAGCUCGUCUUAUGGGCUUCCCAGCACCCAUGAGCGCCGCCGCAGAGCAGCUCUUCAUUUCGGCCAUGGGAGCGGGUAUGGCGCGCGAGGACGACGGCCUGCUCAUCAAGCACUAUGAGCGGUUCGGCGGUCCUAAAGUCGCCGAGACGGGCACGGAGGAGGAGGAGGCCGAGAAGGCCAAGGAGCUCUCGGUUACGCCGAGCGGGAAGCCCGAGAAGGUGUUGUUUGUGGGACUGGGCGCGAUGGGCAAGGGUAUGGCGUUGAGCGUGCAAAAGGCGGGCCACAAGGUUGUCGGUGUGGACAUCAGCGAGCAGACGGCGGAGGCGUAUCGCGCUGCAGGGGGCGAGACUGUCAAGGACGUGAAGGAGGGAGCAGCAGGCGCGGAUGUCGUGGUGCUCAUGCCCAACACGGCCGCGCAGGCAGAGUCGAUCAUGUUUGGCACGGAAAACAACGGGAUCUGCUCAGUGAUGCCUGAAGGCGCCGUGAUCAUCCUUGGCUCGACUAUCGCCCCAUCGUCCGCAGUCAACCUGCAGAAACUCCUUGACGCCUACGGCAAGGGUCAGCAGCUCGUUGACGCACCCGUAUCAGGCGGACCAUCCCGCGGCGACAUUGGUGAUCUUGCGAUCAUGGCCUCUGGGUCAGAUGCCGCGCUCGCCAAGGCGUGCAGCGUGCUGCAGGCCAUGUCGACACAGGCAGGCAACACCGUCAACCUGCACUUUAUCCCGGGAGGUGUCGGAUCCGGAAACAAGGUCAAGGCGGUGAACCAGCUCCUGGCUUGUAUUCACAUGGCCACGGCCGCCGAGGCGCUCGCAUUCUCCGUCAAGAAGGGUAUGGACCUCGACGCCGUCAUGUCCGUCAUCUUGAGCGGUGCAGCCUACUCUUAUGUCGCCAAGGACCGCGUGCCCCGGAUGCGAAUGGCCAAGGCCCCCGUCUUCUCCGCUACAGACACCCUCGUCAAAGACCUCGAUAUCGUCUUGACCGAAGCGAGGAAGCUCAGCCUCCCGCUCUUCCUCGGCGCUGCGGCUUACCAGCAAUUCGUUGCUGCUCAAGCAGCCGGGUGGGGGAGGGAGGAUGACUCCUCCUUGUCGAGGCUCUGGGAGAGGUACGGGAUCAGGAUCAGGGCGGCGGAGUAG